CAACGACCCAAUGCUGUAGGAAAACGGCCAUAAAUGAUCCGUUGGGCGGUAUUCGACGACUUGACCUAAUUGUCUGGUUGAUUAUCUUAGGCAUAAUCUGAGUCUCAAAAUCUAGUUGCUACUUGCUAACAUCAAUAACUCGAGGAUGACAAUAAAAUUUUUUGCUCAUCCUAUUUUCUUGUUGAUCUUUUCAUUUCCGCUAUUUGCCAAUGCCUUGACAGAUACAAUCUUACAGGGACAGUUGGUCACAGCCUCAACUACCAUCACAUCUUCUGGCAAGGAAUUUGUGCUGGGAUUCUUUAGUCCUGGGAAUGAGAACUCCACAACAAGCAGUUAUCUGGGUAUUUGGUACAAAAGAGCUUCGAAAAAAACUGUUGUUUGGGUAGCCAACAGGGAUAACCCUCUCACAGAUUCCACCGUGGUUCUCACGAUAGCUGCAGAUGGAAACCUGGUGAUAGUGGUGGGAAGAGUUUCUUACAUGCUGUCUAACAUAUCAUCAAGGGGAAACACUAGUGCUACCCUUUGGGAUUCAGGAAAUCUGGUUUUGAACGACAGGAGAUCUGGUGAUAUACUAUGGCAGAGCUUUGACUACCCUACAGAUACUCUCUUGCCGGGAAUGAAGGUUGGUCAUGACAAGAGAAAUGGAAAAACUUGGUCUAUGUUGGCCUGGAAAAGCAAGGAAGACCCAGGCCAUGGAGUUUUCUCUUUCGAACAUGAUCCUCAAGGGACAAGCCAGUUUUUCAUCCUAAAAGAGUUUCAAAAGUAUUGGACUAGUGGGACGUGGAAUGGAAAGAUUUUCACUCAGAUUCCCGAAAUGGCUGUGAACUAUAUGUACGACAGCAUCUACGUUUCCAAUGGGAAUGAGAGUUAUUUCACUUACUCUAUGAAAAAUCCUUUGGUGACUGUCAGAUUUGUGUUGGAUAAAUCGGGGCAACUUCAGUUGCUUUUAAUGAAUGAAACGACAGGUGAAUGGGACAUGUAUUGGGCUCAACCUAGGGAGCAGUGUGACGUUUACGGUUACUGCGGAGCUUUUGGUGCCUGCAAUCGAAGAGCUACUGCAUUUUGCCAGUGUUUUCGCGGUUUUCAGCCCAAUUCUGCGGGCAAUUGGAAUGCAGGCGACAUGUCUAGAGGGUGCGUGAGGAAAGCGCCUUUGCAGUGCAGCAAUUAUAGUGAAGUUAGUGAACAACAGAAAGACCAGUUCCUUAGGAUGUCUAACGUAAGAUUGCCUGACAAUUCAAUAGUACUCUCGAAAGUUAGAAGUGUUGGGGACUGUGAAUCGGCUUGCUUUAGUAACUGCUCAUGCACUGCUUAUGCAUAUGACGGCAAUGAUGAGUGUUCCAUAUGGCGUGAGGAGCUCAUGAAUGUGCUACAGCUGACAGACAAUGACCCUGAAGGAAGAGAUUUCUAUCUAAGACUUUCUGCUUCUGAGUCUCUUAGCGAGGGCAAGGAUUCAAGAAUCAAGAGGUGGAAGUGGAUUAUUCUGGCCCUUGCAGUUCCCAUAGCGCUGCUGGCUGCCGUUAGCUUCUUUUAUUGCUUGAGGAAGCGAAAGUCACAGAACAAAGGAGAGGAUUUGGUGUUAUUUGAUAUUGGCACAAGCACAGGAGCUGCCAAUUGUAAACUAAAUGAAGCUGUCAAGAGUCGUACCGGUAAAAAGAAGGACGUUGAUUUGCCAUUGUUUAGUUUUGCUAGUGUAUCUGCUGCAACUGAUAACUUCUCUGAUGCAAAUAAGCUCGGAGAGGGUGGUUUUGGACCUGUUUACAAGGGGAAGCUGCUAAAGGGGUAUGAGGUGGCUGUGAAAAGGCUUUCAAGAAAGUCCGGACAAGGAUUGGAAGAACUACAAAACGAGGCAAUGCUCAUAGCAAAACUCCAACACAACAAUCUUGUGAGACUUUUGGGCUGCUGCAUUGAGAAAGAUGAAAAGAUUUUGAUCUAUGAAUGCAUGCCCAAUAAAAGCUUGGAUUUCUUCCUUUUUGAUCCAAUCAGAUACGGGAUACUUAACUGGGAGUUACGUGUUAACAUCAUUGAAGGAAUUGCUCAAGGGCUUCUCUAUCUUCAUCAGUAUUCUAGAUUACGAAUUAUCCACAGAGAUUUGAAAGCUAGUAAUAUUCUCUUGGAUAAAGAUAUGAACCCCAAAAUAUCUGAUUUUGGGAUGGCAAGAAUUUUUGAGGGAAAUGGAUCGCAUGCGACAAAUCGAAUUGUUGGUACUUAUGGCUACAUGUCACCAGAAUACGCCUCAGAAGGUCUCUUCUCAAUCAAAUCGGAUGUCUUUAGCUUUGGAGUCUUGUUGCUAGAGAUUUUGAGUGGCAAAAGAAGUACAGGCUUUUACAAUAGUGACUCCCUUAAUCUUCUUGGAUAUGCAUGGGACUUGUGGAAGAGCGGUAGGGGAGAGGGCAUAAAGGAUCCAAUAUUACCAGAUAUACCUUCUACAAAUAUGCUGCGGAGAUACGUAAAUAUAGCGCUGCUUUGCGUCGAAGAAAGUGCUGCCGAUAGGCCUACCAUGUCGAAUGUCGUAUCGAUGCUUAGCAAUGAACAAGCGCUUCUACCCUCUCCUAAACAACCUGCUUUUUCAGCUACCAGAAGUGCGCCAGAUCGAUAUUCAACCAAUCAAUUGGAAAUUUGUUCAGUGAACGAAGUGACAAUCUCAAUUUUGGAAGCUCGAUAACUUGGAAUUAAUUUAGAAUCAGUAAUUGUGUUAGUUACUUUGUUAACACAGAUUCAGGAAUUAGGUACAUGAAGAGUCUAAGUAUGUUUGUUAUCUGGUGUGUUUAUGGAGGUUCAUGUAUGUGGUUAGUUAGCCGGAGUCUAAAAAAAUUUAAGACCAUUAUAUAAAGGGUCAUUGAUCAUUUGUAUGAUAGAACAGAGAUAACCCCCGAG